UUUCUUGUCCACGGGCCCUGUCACGCGUGGCCAAAAAUUCCGCUGAAUUGAGAGAAAGUAAUACCGUUCUUCUUCCGCCGGUUGCGUCAGCCCGUUUAUCGUUCUCUUUCUCAGCAGCUAAGAUUUGCUAGUGGAUUCAUUUCCUUUCAAACGAAUCUAGAAAAUGGUUCUCGACAUCGAUCUAUUUCGUGCCGACAAGGGAGGCGAUCCCGAAAAGAUGAGGGAGAACCAAAGGAAAAGAUACAAGGAUGUAAAACUUGUAGACUUGAUUGUUGAAAAGGACAACCAAUGGAGGCAACUGCGAUUCCAACUUGAUCAGCUGAACAAGCUGAAGAACUCGGCCAGCAAGGAAAUCGGAGAGAAGAUGAAGCUGGAACGGAAAAAACCUCCCACGCCCAAAACUGAAUCUCCAGAGGCCAAGAGCCCAUUCCAAAAUCUGUCCACUCCCCAAAAUUUGGAAAAUUUGAAUUCCCACUUGCAAUCUCAUAGCUAUAUUGAUGGAUACACUCCAAGUUAUUUGGAUUUACUUGUACACGGUUCAGUGCCUAAACCAGUGCUCUCCAGCUAUCCACACAUAAAUCGCUGGUACAAUCACAUCAUUGCGAUAGAAAGUUCUAUCCAGAAAAAAGAACCUGUUGGUGAUGAUGUUCUCCCCGAUGGACUGGAAGAAAUCAUGGCCUCAAUGAGCCUCACUGGUGAGCAGUUGAAACCACUGACCGUCAACCAAAUCAAGAAAGUCAGCUCAAUGAUGGAUAAAGCCAUUGUCGAAGCCAACAAGAAACUUGAUGACACCGAGAAGGAGAGGAAUGCUGGUCUGAGAGAGAUGGGAAAUCACCUCCAUCCUUCCUGCCACGUUAGCGAUAAUGAGGACGAAAAUGUGGUCGAGCGGACGUUUGGCGAUUGCGCUUCCCGCAAGAAAUACUCGCAUGUCGACCUCAUCCAUAUGGUUGAGGGCAUGGAUGCCGAGCGAGGUACCGUGACUGCCGGUGGUCGAGGCUACUACCUUCUCGGUCCCAUGGUUUUCUUGGAGCAGGCUCUGAUCCAGCUGGCACUGCGAAUUCUCCAAACCAAGAGUUACAUCGCCAUGGGAACGCCCUUUUUCAUGCGCAAAGAUAUUAUGCAGGAUGUCGCCCAACUUUCUCAGUUCGACGACGAACUCUACAAGGUGAUUGGUAAAGGCAGUGAAAAGGCGGAGGACAAGGAAGUGGAUGAAAAGUACUUGAUCGCCACUUCUGAGCAGCCGAUUGCCGCUUUCCAUCGCGACGAGUGGAUGAAAGAGUCGGAGUUGCCCAAACGCUACGCCGGAAUCUCGACUUGCUUCCGCCAGGAAGUGGGUUCUCACGGGCGCGAUACCCGCGGCAUCUUCCGCGUCCAUCAAUUCCAAAAGGUGGAGCAAUUUUGCAUCACAUCGCCACACGACAACUUGUCGUGGCAGAUGAUGGACGAAAUGAUUGGCAACGCCGAAGCUUUUUACCAGGCCCUCAACAUCCCCUACAGGAUUGUCAACAUCGUUUCGGGAGCGUUGAACAACGCUGCAGCCAAGAAACUCGAUUUGGAAGCUUGGUUUCCAGGCUCGGGUGCUUUCCGCGAAUUGGUCUCGUGCUCAAACUGCCUGGAUUAUCAGUCACGCCGCUUGCUCAUUCGCUACGGCCAGACUAAGAAAAUGAACGCCACGACGGACUACGUUCACAUGCUGAACGCCACCAUGUGCGCCACCACUCGCGUGAUUUGCGCCAUCCUCGAGCUGAACCAAACGGAGACGGGAAUUAUUAUUCCCGAAGUGCUCAAGCCCUUCAUGCCUCCCGCGUACGCUGAGGAGAUCCCGUUCACGAAACCGGCGCCCAUCGACGAAUUGGAAUUGAAGAAGCAACAACAGAAGAAAAAGUAAACACGAAACCGGCAGGAAAUCGCAAGAAAAGAAAACUGGAAUGAAUACCGUUUCCCCCGAUAAUAUCGCCCACGACUACUCGUUUUUCUUUUAUUAUUUGUUUGAAACCAUUUUGUUUUGUUUUUUUCUUCUUUCGCUGCGGGGGGAGAAUAUACUAAACUAUCCUCUUUUACCCCUCUUUAAUAUUCAACUCCCUCCCGUUAGUUGAAAAACACAAAAUAAAAAAAGGACCAAACAAAUAAAUAAAAAGGAAACAAUUAAUGAUGGCGAUAAAUUGAA